AUGGGCCUGGCGGGGGUGAGGCUGGGCCUGCUGCUGGGCGGUGAAGCGGCACCGGUUUCCCCGUACAUGGAUGGGAGGCGUGCGUACAAGCACACGGACCGGGGGGCAUCCCUGCAUUCUGGAAAGGAUCGGAGAUACCUCUCUCUGGGGAGAAGUAGGUUCAUUCGGAAACGAGGCUGGAAGGAGAAUCGCCUGUUCGUGCGUUCACGGGGGUCUCCUGGGGAGGAACCAUGUGGCAGUGGGGGGCAGCUCCCUUCUGGUGGGGGCAGGGUGAUCCGAAACACUACAGCAGGGCAACGACCUCUGUUGGAGCGUCACUGCAGGAGACCCCCUGCUAUGGGUCCAUCUCGGGCUCGGCUCUUCUCUGGAUCCUUUCAGGAGUCACUCCAAGGGUCACAGCAGGAUACCCAUAAGAUUAAAUUAGAAGGGACUGUGGCAGCUAGUCGUGGGGGCCUGUUCCAGGGCGGUGCCUACCGCUGUGCCCGCUGUGGGAGGCACUUCCCUGGAUGGGCAGCCUUGCGCCAUCAUACUCGUUGGCGCCAUGGCCAUCCACCUUUGCCCUGCCCUGAGUGUGGGCGUCGAUUUCACCAUGCUCCUUUCUUGGCCUUACACCGCCUGGCCCACUCUGCUGCCACAGCCAUACCUCCUGCCACAGGUUUCCUCUGCCAAGUCUGUGGGCAGAGUUUCAGGAGUUGGGCAGCCCUUGCACUGCAUGGCCAGGCUCAUGCUUCAUCUGCCCGGGCAGUUGCCUGCCCCAGGUGUGAGAAAUGCUUUAGCCGAACCUCCCAGCUGCGGGCACACCUGCGACAGAACCACCCACCUGCCCCGCCACCUCGCCGUUUCAUCUGCAGUGGCUGUGGUCAGAGCUUUGCACAAUGGGCGGAGCUAGUUGCCCACAAGCAGAUCCAUGUGGCUGAAGCACAGGCAUCAGAAAAAGUACUUGCACCUCGGCCCCGGGGCCGCCCCGCUCUUACUGCUGCCCAGCCAGGUGGUGAUGCUGCUGACCGACCCUUCCAGUGUGCCUGGUGUGGCAAAUGUUUCCGUCACAAGCCCAACCUGAUUGCUCACCGCCGUGUGCAUACUGGUGAACGUCCCCAUCAGUGCCCUGAGUGUGGGAAACGGUUCACUAAUAAGCCCUACCUGACCUCCCACCGGCGAAUUCAUACUGGUGAGAAGCCUUAUCCGUGCACUGAAUGUGGGCGCCGCUUCCGUCACAAACCCAACCUUUUGUCCCAUGGCAAGAUUCACCGGCGCCCUCAGGGCUCUGCCGAGGCCACCAGUAGCCAAGGGAGUUUCCAGCUUCCACUUCAGCUGUUAGAGACUCAGCACGACCAGGCCACAGACACCCAGCAGGACCAGGCCAUGAACCUUCAGCAGGACCAGGCCAUAGACUCCCAGCAGGAUCAGUCCAUAGACCGUCAGCAAGAUCAGAUGGACUCCCAGCAGGAUCAGGUCUUGGACCCUCAGCAGGACCAGGGAAUGAAUCUUCAGCGGGACCGGGAAGUGGAUCCUGCUGUCCCCUAUAGUUAUGAUGAGCAUGGCCGCACCUUCCGGAACCGAAGGUCCUUGCGAGGUCAGCAGCAGCUACAUCCUGGGGAACGUCCUUUCACCUGCAGUGAAUGUGGAAAGAACUUCAGUAAGAAGACCCACUUAGUGGCUCACCUCCGUAUCCACUCAGGUGAGCGACCCUUUGCCUGCCUGGAAUGUGGGCGCCGUUUCUCACAAGGAAGUCACCUGGCAGCCCAUCGUCGUGACCAUGCCCCAGAGCGGCCCUUCAUUUGCCCGGACUGUGGCAAGUCCUUUAGGCACAAGCCCUACCUAGCCGCCCACCGCCGCAUCCACACAGGUGAGAGGCCCUAUGCCUGUCCUGACUGUGGCAAGGCCUUCAGCCAGAAAUCCAACCUUGUAUCCCACCGACGCAUCCAUACAGGUGAGCGGCCUUAUGCUUGCCCAGAUUGCGAGAGGCGUUUCAGUCAGAAAUCCAACCUCAUCACUCACCGCAAGAGCCAUGGUCGAGAGGGGCCAUUCAUCUGUGCCACCUGUGGUGAGAGCUUCAGUCAUGAACAAAAGCUCCUGACCCAUCAGAGGAAGCAUGUGGCCUGAGCUGGCGGGAAUGAGAGAGCAGAGAGAGGGAGACAAACUUUGGGGGGUAGGCAAAGAUAAGGGACAGAGGUGUCAUGAUGGAGAAGGGCUGGAGGAUGUUAGUGACGAUGGUGGGAGGCUUCUGGUGGAAGCUGGUCAGGACCCUGGAAAGAGGACUGGGUGCCCUUGCCCCAUCAGGCUUGUUAGAGGUUUCCAGGUAUCCCAAGCUGUUCCCGCCUCACUGGAAGUUCUGCUUCAUGCCCCCCUGGGGAAGAAGUAUUUGAAAAGAAGAUGCAUCAGUAGCCAGAGAGAAUGAGGAAAACAUCUGGACACAUGCAGAGACCUCCAAUAUGUUAGGCAGCAUCUGGAUUUAUUCAGACAUCUCCAGGGAAGGAAGUACCCUAAUGGUGUCAGUUUUUAGCAGCACGUGAUUUUCCCCAUCCCCUUCAUGCUGUUCCCUCCCCCCCCCCAAUCUCAAGCCCAGAUCUACCCCUUUUCCUUCACCUUUUCUUUCCCCUGUGUGUAUGUAGCCUUCUCUCUACUCACAAUUGUUUUCAGCUUUGUAAUGGCUCAACACAACCUUUUUCGCCUUCACUCCGUUUUCAUUUCCCAGAUCAAGACUUUUAUCUAAAUCCCUGAAGUAGAGUCCCCUUUUCCUUUAGUUCUUGUAGCUCUCAUUAAUGUACUGGAGAGAAAGGGAGACAUUGGGCUUCUAAUAAUGAAUCUAAGAAGGGUCAGUGGAAAAGCCCUGGGGAAUAGGCCAGGUAUGGGAUAGGCACGGAAGAGAUUCAAGAGCCUGUUGGAACAGACAUUAGAGUUCAUCUAGUUCUCAGCUAAUGCAGGAAUUUCUUACCUCAUCUCUUAACAGACCAGCCUCUGCUUGAACACUUCCAGUGGUGGGGAUUGAGAGACCUCUGAAGGUAGUUCAUUCUGCUACUGAAUAUCUAGUUGUUAGAAAUUUCUUUAUUACAUUAAGUGAAAGUGUAUUUCUCUGUACUUUCUACCCAUUGGUUCUAGUUCUGUUCUCUGGAGCCAAGCCAUACAUAGCAAGUCUAUUUCCCUCAAAUCCCAGUGAAUAAAACUGAUUUCCAACUAUG